CUACAUUCGUGAAAAAAAUGGCAGCUGACGAUUAGAGAAAAGUGUGUGGAUCUUCAGUCGAAAAAAGACGGUACUUGACAAAACCACACAGGCACAGAAGCAUACUCGGUCAUUACUGGUUAUUGUAUAAGUGUCACCAUUGGUCAUCAGCCACCAUGGGAAAGACUCCGUUAAAAGAUCAGAAAGAUGGCAAAAAGGAGAAACCGGGAAGGACAGGUCCACUAACAGGUACAACCCCUGCAACAACUAAAGAUGCUUUCAGCUGGGAAGAAUAUCUAAAAGAAACGUCAUCUAUACCAGCUCCACCAAGCUGUUUUCGUCAGGCUAGAGUUCCACCCUCCAACGACUUCAAGGUGGGAAUGAAGCUCGAAGCCCAUGACCCACGCAAUUCCACCUCAGUUUGUAUUGCCACAGUGAUGGGUUUAACUGGGGUUCGUCUGCGUCUCCGUCUGGAUGGAAGCGACAACAGCAAUGACUUCUGGAGACUGGUAGACUCCUCUGAUAUCCAGCCUAUUGGCACCUGUGAGAAGAAUGGAGACAUGCUGCAGCCACCACUGGGAUUUCGGAUGAAUGCCUCCUCAUGGCCUAUGUUUCUGUUGAGAACCUUAAAUGGAGCAGAGAUGGCACCAGCAACAGCCUUUAAAAAGGAACCUCUGAGGCCCACCCAGAACAACUUUAAGCCAGGCAUGAAGCUGGAGGCCGUGGACAAGAAGAAUCCAUACCUCAUCUGCCCUGCCACCAUAGGAGAAGUGAAGGGCGAUGAGGUCUUUAUCAUGUUCGACGGGUGGCGGGGUGCCUUUGAUUACUGGUGCAAGUAUGACUCCCGGGACAUCUUCCCUGUGGGCUGGUGCUCCCUCACCAAGCACAGCCUCCAGCCACCAGGCAACAGUGUCACCCUGCCAAAGAACCUGCAGAUUCUCCCGGUGUCACCUUCCAAGCCCAACAGGCGCUCCAUGCAGUCCCCCUACAGACUCCCCAACCCUCUGCCCCCUUUGCCUGUCAGGAAGGGGGUAAGAGGCCGUCGGCCCAAGAGUGAGACCAUUGCUCUGCUCAAAGCUGUGGCAGAGGCAGCGGCUGCCCAAAAUGGAACUGUACCUGAAAACACACAGCUGGUACCCCGGCCCCACAAGAAGAGAGGCCCCAAACCUGGAAGCAAGAGGAAGUCCAAGGUUCUCCAAAACCCAGCACAGCUACCCAGCAUCCAGGUUCCACAAGAAAGCCCCCCCAGCCUCAGCUCUGUGGUUUCAACAGUGUGUGUGUAUGUGAAUAAGCACGGAAACUGUGGUCCCCACCUGGACAGGAAGCAGAUGCAGCAUCUGCCAGACCACUUUGGACCAGGGCCAGUGAAUGCUGUGCUCCAGCAGGUGGUCCAGUCAUGUAUAGACUGCGCAUACCAGCCUAAAGUGCUGCUCAGUGCUCUGCAGACUCAUUCAGGAGGAGGAGAGAUUGUCAGAGUGAGAACAGACGGUGGAGUUCGUGUGGUCAAACUCCCAGCAGCCUCCAGUGCUUCUUUUGUGCUGCGGUUCUUGGAGACUAUGUGCCGUCACCUGCAAUGCGACAACCUGUUCAGCAGCCAACCAUUCAGCCACUACACUGCUUAUGACAGGACCAAGUCAGUGAAAGAAGAGGCGUUGGACGCUCCAUCUCUGGCUCGUGGCAGUAAACGGGGUCUCUCAGGAGUCUCCCCACCGUACGCAGCCCCGCUGUCACCCAAACAUUUACGUACUGAAGCUCACCCUUCAGAAGCAGAGACCCUGCCACAUGAAGAGAACGGCCUAAUAAAGGAGCAGCGCUACAUGGACUCAGCCUCCAACUCCAUGACCCCUCGACCCCAAACAGUGCGCAGUUCCUCCGAGUACCACUCUCAGGCCAGCAGCCUCUACCACCCAGGCAACGGCGCAGCCAUGCGCCGCCACUCCUCGAACCCUGCAGAGCUGAGCUCCACACAGCCUCUUAGACGAGUUGAAGCAGCCAGCUCCACCACAGGACCUGAGGCUCUGGUUUCUGAGCGGGACAGUCUGCAGCUGCCCAGUAAAAACCCUUCCUCCUGGUCCAUUGAAGAGGUGAUGCAGUUUGUGAGGGAUGCUGACCCCACAGCUUUAGCUCCACAUGCUGAACUAUUCAGAAAACAUGAGAUUGAUGGAAAAGCUCUGAUGCUGCUACGGAGUGACAUGAUCAUGAAGUACAUGGGUCUGAAACUGGGGCCUGCACUGAAGUUAUGCCAUCACAUAGAGAGGCUGAAACAAGGUAAACUGUAAGAGGAGCCAGGGCAGCCCUGUCCCUGCCAGACCCAUGAGCAAUAAGCCCUGAAAGAGCCAGCGGAGGGACACUGACUCAUGGGGCACGCAGGGGCUACAUGUUACUCUAAACUCCACCUCGAGGGACUGACGAGAUGUUACAACUUCAUCCUGACUUCCAGAGUGGAGAAAGUGUGCCGUGCAUUGCUGACACAUUACCUCAUCCCCUCAUCAGUGAACAAAAAGCUGUUCAAGUCUAACCGACGCCAUUUGACUUUAUGAAAUCCCAAAGGAAAAGAAUCCCUGUAGUGUUUACAUUGCAUAGCACAUGUGCACACGUGGACACGUUUUUUUACGGAGAUGAAAUCUUUUGAUCCUGGUUUUGGAUCCCCAAAGAUGGAGAAUGUUUCUUCUUAUAUAAUGUUUUUAUUAUUGUUGAAUUUCCAGUUAAUAAGGAAGGGUUGAUAUACUGAAGAAAAAAAAAUCCAUCAGAUGUUCUUCCCCAUGCUCUUCAAGAGAAUUUGGAUGCUCUCUCGUCUGUGCUGUUGUAUAGCUGUUUUCACUCUUCACAUGUAUGCCUAAAGUAUGGGUACUGUAUAUCCGCCUGCCCGACGAAUGCUAAUGUCAGUGCAUUCCUUUUUCGUUCGCACGCGGCAAGACAGACGUUAAUUUGCUUGGACAUCUCCAGCGUCCUGGCAGGGAUCACCUUGUAUUAAAAGUUCUGCUUGAACCUUUUCCACGAGUGUCCUGCAGGAUCAUCUGCUGUGUGGCAUGAUGUAUUAUUGUGUCUUAGCGGGCCCUAAGUUGCCUCCCACUGGUCCCCACGCAGUUCUUAUCAAUCAAACCAUUCGUAUCCCAAGCUCUGAAUCAGCUUAGACUUUCUGAGAUGAUCAAUUUCAGUGGCCAGAUUGUUGAAGGAAGUGCAAAUCCAACAUUUCUAAGGGCUUUCUAUGUUUAGUUUUGAUGUAAUAUUUUUAUCAGUCAUAAUCAUGUAAGCUCGUCGGUCCAUCUGCGACCUCAGUGUUGUCACUUUUGACCGUUCCAAUCACUGUUAGCAAUGAAAACAGAUGUGUACAGUUUUAUGGGUUUAACCAUGAAUAUCAGCAACAGAAUGUACAUUUUGUAGAAACUUAAUAUUUUAAGGAAAUCAUAUACAUAAGUUAGAAAUGUGAAGAUAAAGGGGAUGGGGACGUGGUGAAUAUUUCACAGUGGAUUCCAUUCUGCUUUUUAAUACUUAACACAGUGCUUUUAGUUCAAAUACUCCCAGUAAUAGACUCUGCCUUGCUUUACCUACGACAUUUCUCAGGUUUAUGUGGUCUUUGUUAGUACAAGCUUUUGUAGCAUACUGUUUAUAAUAUCUUAACAGAAUUUUCCUGUUAUUCCCUUCCUUGAAUUAAAAAGACUUGUGCCAUAUGAUAUUCAACACAGGAUCGAAGUGCUGUUGAUUUCCCUCUCUUGCAUCUUCUUUUUAACUACUUGAAAAAUAUGUGUUGGAAAAAAGUCACUUGUCCAUUACGUCACACCAGAUAAACAAUAUGUGUUUAUGAUGUUGUGUAUUUCCUUUUUUUUUAUAAA